ACCCUCCUCCCUUUAUAUGUCUGUCUCUCUCUAGGGUUUUCAGGAUCCAUCUCUUUCUAACAGUAUUUUUACACUAUUUUGGUUGCACUGAUUGAUAUUUUCAGAUUAAUAUAUAUAUAUAUAUAUAUAUAGAAAGAGGUUGAUAUAAAGGAGAGGAAGAAGGAUUGAGAGAGGAAAUGGGGAGGGGAAGAGUGGAGCUGAAGAGGAUAGAGAACAAAAUAAACAGACAGGUGACAUUUGCAAAGAGAAGAAAUGGACUUCUCAAGAAAGCUUAUGAGCUCUCAGUCCUUUGUGAUGCUGAGGUCGCUCUCAUCAUCUUCUCCACCCGUGGAAAGCUCUAUGAGUUCUGCAGCAGCUCAAGCAUGCUCAAGACACUCGAAAGAUACCAAAAAUGCAGUUAUGGUGCAGUGGAAGUCAGCCGACCCUCCAAGGAGCUUGAGAGCAGCUAUAGGGAGUACUUGAAACUUAAAUCUAAGUUUGAGGCCCUUCAACGAACUCAGAGAAACCUUCUUGGGGAAGACUUGGGUCCAUUGAACACAAAAGAGCUUGAGCAGCUUGAACGUCAACUUGAGACAUCCUUGAAGCAAGUCAGGUCUACCAAGACCCAAUUCAUGCUUGAUCAGCUUUCUGAUCUUCAGAACAAGGAACAAGUUUUGGUUGAAUCUAACAAGGCUUUGACGAGGAAGCUGGAUGAAAUUAGUGUCAAAAAUCACCUUCAAUUAUCAUGGGAAAGUGGUGAGCAGAGUAUGCCAUACGGCCACCAGCAAGCUCAGUCUCAGGGGUUCUUCCAGCCUUUAGAAUGCAAUCCCACAUUGCAAAUAGGAUAUAAUCCUGCAGGCUCAAGCCAGCUAUCUGCUCCGAGUAAUGCCCAAAAUGUCAAUGGAUUUAUCCCUGGGUGGAUGCUUUGAGUUUUGACAUUUGUUUGCUUGACUGAUUGCUCUUGGAAAAUGUUUGCCAGGUAAAUGCCCUUGUAUGGUGAUGAUAUGUAUGUGGUUUCAUUAGUAAUAUAUGUAACCGUUAAUGGCAUAAUAAUAGCUGUGACUGAAUCUCCAAGGGCUGGAACACUUAGCCAAGGCAUGUAAGAAAUUCAUUGUAUUCUGGAAACCUAUGAUACUUGCUUUCACUUUGGACCAUUUUGAAGAAUAUUUGCUUGUUUGCUCAA